AUGCCAGAAAGAUUUGCUCAACUCUGCACAUCUGACGAGAGUGCGAACGAACAGACAAAAAUCGACUUGUUGGAAAGACGAUUGAUGGGUGCGGAUGUGGCAUCCACCGAUUUAACUGGGCUGAUGGACGACGACGAAGAUGAUGCAUUUGAUGCAUACAGAUUGGCGUUGGUAACUUCGCAGUUCGCCAUCGGAGCUGAAACACCAUCGCCAGGAUCGACAACAAUUUGCAUAAGUGUAGAAGCAUUGUGCAUCCUCCUUCGCCAAUUGGCGUACCCCAAUCGAUUAACUGAUUUGUUGCUGCAAAGUUCAGUGUUCCCGGAUAAGCAGUAUGUUAUAUAUGGAGACAGUGGGUACCCGAAAAGGCAAUUACUACUUCGUCCAUUUCAAGGUAGAAACAUAUCUGAGGAUCAGCAAUCAUUCAAUGCUGCUAUGAGUGGACUUCGGCAAUCAGUAGAAUGGGGAUUUGCCAAAGUUGUAAAUGAGUUUGCCUUCAUUGACUUCAAGAAAAAUCAGAAACUCUUGCUGCAAGAUGUAGGCAGCAUGUACAAAAUAGCAGUUCUUAGUAACUGCCAUACUUGCCUUUAUGGUAGUCAAGUUGUUAGAAUUUAG